GUUUAACUUGGACCCGGAACGGAAAUGCACUGACAGCAUGCUGUGGGAAGCUCUGGAGAUCGCACAGCUCAAGCCGGUGGUCAAAGCUUUGCCAGGCGGCCUGGAUGCCAUGGUCACGGAAGGAGGGGAGAACUUCAGUCUGGGGCAGCGGCAGCUCUUCUGCUUGGCACGAGCGUUUGUUCGCAAGAGUAGCAUCCUCAUCAUGGACGAAGCCACGGCGUCUAUAGACAUGGCCACGGAAAGCAUUUUGCAGAAAGUCGUCAUGACCGCCUUCGCAGACCGGACAGUCGUCACUAUCGCACAUCGCGUCCACACAAUCCUCAACGCCGACCUGAUCAUCGUCAUGAGGAGAGGAGUCAUCGUGGAAUCCGACAGACCCCAGGUGCUGCUGGACAACGAGGACAGCGUCUUCGCCUCUUUUGUACAAGCAGACAAAUAGCCGUCCGCGCAGCUCCCAAGUGCAAUUGUGUUUUUCAUUUUAUAUUUGUGUACAAUAUUGUAAAUAAAAUGCAAAUUGUUUAUUAAUAAAAUAAUUGGACAAAGACGGUCUUGUCUCAGGCCGUCAAUGGCCAAGUAAAGGGUGCCUCAGUGCUUGACUUCAUAGUGGUCACCAUGUGCACCCCCAGCGGUCAAUUCCUAAUCAACAAAUGGAAAGGCAUAGCAACAAGACAGAAAUGGGGCGGAGACAUUUAGUGGGAGGGGCUGUGAAGAUUGGCGUGUCCAGGUGAGGGAGGGAGGGACAAGUGGGUGGAGAGCCAGGGCAGAGGUCACUCUGAGGGUCCGCCGUGAUUUAUGCAGUGGGUACAAAGGGAUAACUGGUUGGACUGAUUAUUCAUUUGUCAUCGUCUGUCAUGUCCUGCUGGUGUUUCAAAUCCCAGCCUCCCCCUAAUUUCUCUUCUUCUU